AUGCCUUUCUCUUUGCCACAGCAAGUAUUCGCCAUCCUCCAAUCCGCAGGAGUAUUCUUCCAAAUCGACCGCGGCCUUGGAAAGUCCGUCGACCUGAUCAACCCAGACAAGUUGAUCCUGAUCCAAAAAGCAGCCUACUGCUCCGACAUCCUGUACAUUAUAACCCUCUUCUUCACCAAACUCUCGACCUCUUUUCUCUUCCUACGCUUGACGCCAGGAAAAGGGCAUUCAAUAGCAAUAUGGAGCACGAUUGCCAUGAUCAUAGCAUGGGCUGUGAUCUCUAUCCUCCUGAUAGCUAUACGCUGCCACCCCGCCAAUCCAUGGCUUGACACCACGGCAGACAUGUGCGGUAACUUGUUCGCACGCUGGCAGUUCAUUGCUGCCCUCGAUAUCCUGACCGAAGCGGCGCUCUUCUCCAUUUCCUUGUACCUAAUAUGGGGGAUCCAGAUGUCUCUAAAGUCAAAGACUAUCGUAGUAACCUCUUUUGGCUGUCGACUUCCUGUCAUAGCAAUAGCUGGUCUACGAUUACACUUCCUCUUCCUGGCCCUCACCUCCUCAAACCCAACCCUCCGCGGAGCCCCCGAGUCCACCUCCAUAACCCAAAUCGAGAUCGGCUAUGCGAUCAUGGCCUCCAUCGUGCCCUGCCUCAAGAACUUCAUGGCCGCGUACGACGCGCCCAUUCAGAGUCAAAACUGGUACCCACACUACGGCACUUCUGAAGCUUACACACACGAACUUGCUUCCGUUGCCGUCUCCACAAAAUCCGCAGCAAAAUCAUCGAAAUCCGUGGUCUCGACCGCGGUCUCGAAUUCAAGUCCGGAAGUUAAGGAGACGAGUAGAGGGGGAGUGCAGGUGUAUAGUGGAGGCAAGAAAGGGGGUGGAGCGAGUAUACUGAGCUCGGGAUUGGGCAAGCUGCGCCCGGAGCAGAUUAGCUAUGAAGCGCGAGUCGAGUUUAAGGAGAGGGAUGGGGAGAGGAGUAGUAGGGAAGAGGGGGAGAGUAGGCGGAGUAUCGAGAGUGGAAACUCGAGACGCAUGAUUAUUAAGAAGGGGGUGGAGUGGAGCGUGGAUUAUGGUCGAAGGUCGAGGGAGGCGGAUGAAGGCUGAUCAAUGGAUAGAUGAGAGGGAUUUAAAUUUUUGCGUUUUGGUUUAGGUGUUUUGGUGGGGUUUGGGCUCGGGAAAGAAAGAAAGGAUUCAGGUUUUUGUAGGGAUAUUUGUGACAUAGGUAGAUGGUUGGGACAUUAGUUUAAGUGAUGAUAGAUAGAGAUGCGGGCCCUUGUACUGAGGUACUUACGAAUGAAUGGAGUUUAGGACCGCAAAAUCCAUCCUUUUAAAU